GCUGAGAUUCUUUAGCUUCACUUCUUUCAACUUUCAUCAUUCCAGGGCUUUUUUUUUCUUUUUUUCUUUUAAUGGUAGAACAGACACCUAAGCGAACCUGACAUAGAUAAUACUCUUAGCUACAAUUAAAUAAGCCAGAUUAUCUCCAUCGACCAAGUUGCAACUAGUACUUCAGUGCCAAAUGAAGCUUUCUUCUACUUACCGGCCCAUACCAUGAGAGCUUCCUAGUCCCGUUCAACUGCGAUUGACGAUAUCACAACUUCGCCAUGGCGACCGGCACGAAUUCGCUGUCCGAAUAUCUCGUACAGCUGCCGGGAACGACGUUUAGGAAAUUAUACCAGCAGCCUUCUACGGCCUUCGCUAUCUUCCGGCGCAUGCUACCUCAUAUGGCAAAGACCAUUGUAAUGGCCAUACUUUACUCCCCCACACCACUCCUCGUCUCCGACCUUGAUCUUUGGGUAAAACCCACCGCGGCCCGCGAAAAAGACCAGGCUAUCGCCAUCCUCCGAUCCUUACAUAUCGUUCAGCCUCAAUCCUUAGCUCUUACAGUUAACUUCAAGAAUAGCCUACGACUUGCGUUAGAAGGCGGCGGCGAUCAUAAUUCCUUCGGUGUACCAUCUACGCAACCUAUUCCCGCCGAGGUCGACCACGCAUUUCUAGACAAGUACGCGAGGAAAAAAUGGGAUGAUAUACUUCAUUAUGUCGUUUCGGCUACCGGGAUAACCAGCGUCCAGACGGGCUCUAACGGACCUAAACAGUCGGUUAAAGACCUUCUCUUGGCUGGUCGGUUGGUUGAGCGAAGGGGUACUGAACUUGCUAUUACCCAUAUCGGGUUUUCCUUUUUGCUGCAGGAAGCAAAUGCUCAGGUCUGGGCCCUACUGCUUCUCUGGCUCGAAGCCAUCGACGUGGCCAAUGCCAAUGGGAACCAUUCCGAUAUGGAUUCCGUUGAUAUGCUCUCGUUUUUCUUCAUGUUGGCGUCUCUUGAAUUUGGGCGCGCAUAUAGCACCGACGCGCUCACCGAGAGUCGACGCAAUAUGCUGCCUACUCUUAUCGACUUCGGCCUAAUCUACAUCCCUCAGCAUAAUACACACCAGUUUUUCCCCACUCGCCUGGCUACAACUCUCACGAGUAACGAAACCGCGCUUCGCAGUAUUAGUGCCGGCUUCUCAGCAGCCACCAGCUCGACCAGCGACGAGCAAGACAAGUGCACCAUCAUCCUCGAGACCAACUUCCGAAUGUAUGCAUACGUACACUCACCGUUGCAAAUCGCCGUGUUGGCUCUCUUUUCAAACCUCAAGUUCCGGUUCAAGGGCCUCGUAUCAGGCCGUUUGACUCGUAAAUCUAUCAAAAAUGCCGUCGGCCAUGGGAUCACGGCAGAUCAGAUUGUUGCGUAUCUCUCUACGCAUGCAGACGAGCAGAUGUACCGACACGCGGCGGCAGCCAAUAAGCCCGUGUUGCCUCCCGUUGUCAUUGACCAAAUUCGCCUCUGGCAGCUCGACACCGAGCGUAUUUCCACCCGCGACGGCUACCUUUUCAAAGAAUUCGACGAGUAUAAAGAAUACAAGGCCGUGGCGGACUUUGCGGAUAACAUUGGUGUCUGCGCUUGGCGUAACGAUAAAAAGGGGAUCUUCUUCGCUACUAGGGUCGAGCAAAUCAAAGAUUUCAUGCGAUCGAGGAAGAAGGCCAACGAGGGCAAUAAUAGCUAAACAUUUAAUGGAUAAGAGAAGGAUAGGCCGAGUUAUUUACUCGUCUUGGGGGGGGGGGGGGGGGGGGG